CAGCAUUAUCUGGUGGAGGCGUAGCUGUACUACCUAUGAAUCAUAUCCAGUCAUCAGACCGGCCACACGUCUGGGCACUUACUAGGAUUGGCCUGUUCGGUUUCAAGAUAUGGGCAUGAUGUCGUCUCGCAUCCUGAAAAGGUCCCAAAGCAGCGCAGCCUUGUCUCUGCGAAGAGCAUAAAAACAAUCCACAAUCUCCGGGGUUUCCUGACAGUCAAUCCACCAUACCAUCACCACCACUACCCAUCGACACAGUUGCAAACCAUUGAACUAGCGAUAUCCGCCCUACAUCACCAUGACAGAGGAACAGCGAGAUGUUUAUCUUUACAGGCGGCCCAUUACUAGCCUUGCCAAAGUCCCCGUGCUCAACAAAUGGGCCUAUGCCUCCAUCAACCACUGGGCAGUCUGCGUUGGCGAAACAUGCUACGAGGUUGCCCGCAUCCACGACCACCAUCCAACGGGGAAAUCUCACGACAUACGCACCCUUACCAAGGCAGAAUGGAUUCAGUAUGCCCAACAACAAAAGCUUACCUACCAAUAUGCCAAUUACGGGAAAUGCAAUGCCAAAUGGAAGGAUGACGACAUCAAGGAAUGCGCGGACGACAUAUGGAAACGAAUCUUCGACGGAACCUAUGAAAACUUCGAAUCGAACUGCCAAGAAUUCGCCCAUUUGCUUAUGCGGUGCAUUGUCGACGAUCUGCGUGAAGACACGAUCCCAAGACGGUGGCAGGAAUACAAUCCGGAUAGUCUCGUACCGGCAACACUGAUGGGGGGAGGGCCUGGCAUCACAAUAGGCGCAAUGGGCGCGGCCAAGGGGACGGUAGUGGCUGCGACAGCAAGUGCAGGGGCAAGUGUAAUAACCAUGACGGAUCUCGUUGCCACGUAUGGCAUCCUGACGGGAAUCUCGGGAGUGGUUGCCUUUUCGUCAUAUAUAUACAAGAAGUACAAACGAUACAAAAAGAGCACGGCAGUGGUGAGGGAGUGGCACUCUGCAAUGAAGACCACAACCAGGAAAGGAUGGCGUCGGGCCUUUUCCAGGAGGUCGUGA